UAUCCGUUAGAAGUAACUUUCACAUGAUUUUUUUUAUAACAUGAUUAUUUAUUAUUUUGUUUAAUAGAUUCCCAAAUUACAUUCCCCAUCAAAAUGGCUACAUUCUUGGGGAUAUGGAAUUUAUUGUUACUUGGAGUUAUUCAUUGUUACGAUAACAUUUGUGAACGCUCUAGCUGCAAGGCCACACUGAGUUCUGUUAGUAAGAAUUUAUCUGCAGACAAAGUAAUUGACGGAAACACCGAACAAGAUUACAACAGCUGUUCACAUACUGUAGUAAAUGGAGCGCCGGAGGCAUGGGUUAUGGUGGACUUAAGAAAAGAAUAUAAACUGCAAAAUGUAGUCAUCUACUAUAGAAAUGAGAGAGAUUAUACAUGGCGACCUUACCGAUUCAGGCAAUACAGCUUACAAGUAUCAUCUGAUACACUAUCAUGGAAUGAAUGCUACAAAGAUAACACUCCAGAUUCCCGUAUACCUUCAAGCAUACAGAAUAUUACAUGUGCAAGAACAGCUAGAUACAUCAGGAUUAUAACAAACUAUGACGCUCCUGAAGAUGAUCAAUUUUCAGAAAGAGGCGCUGUGCUUGAAAUAUGUGAAAUUCAGAUUUUUGGAUGCGAUUCCAAUCAUUACGGAUCUGACUGCUCCAUGGAAUGCAGUGUUAACUGUAAAAGGCAGACAUGUGAUAAUGCCAAGGGAUCCUGUACCUAUGGAUGUAAUAGCGGGUUUUAUUCAGAGAAAUGUGAGAAGAGAUGCAGUACAUGUCUGUCAGCCUGCAACAGACAAUCCGGGGAAUGUGAGGGUCCCUGUCCAAAUGGUAUGUAUGGUAAUCAUUGUAAUAUCACCUGCAGUCGAAACUGCGAAAAUGGAUGCAGUAAGAUCGAUGGUUUAUGUAAUUCUGGAUGCAUUGACGGGAAAUUUGGAAUUGACUGUCUACAGACUUGUGGCGGUGGGUGUAGUUCCAGAUGUGACCAAGCUGACGGAAAUUGCUCUUGUAAAACAGGAUGGCUGGGUCAAAACUGUAAUGGUAAAGACAAAAUAGUUUUAGGGUUAAAUAUCGAUUGUCUUGUUGAGAAUACAAUACGAAGUCUUUGUUAA